AUGGGGCGAGGUAGAUCUGACUCCCGCUCGCGCUCGGGAGGCCGCGAAGGUGAUGCGGAUCGAAUCCAAGGCAUGGUCGACGAAAGGCAGGCGGCCCGGCGCGACCGCGAUUUUGAUAAGGCAGAUCGCAUGAGGGAGGAGCUCAAGGAUAUGGGUGUCAGAAUAGAUGACACGCAGCUGACCUGGAAUGCUCCUGGGGGCCUGAGGGGCGUCGUCAACAAUCCAGGUGGCAAGGGACCCAUCGAGCGGCGCGACGGCGACUGGACUUGUCCGAGUUGCGGUAAGCUGGUCUUUGCUGCCAAGGACGUGUGCUUCUCCUGCGGGGAGCCGAGGCCAAGAGGAGGCCGCAGCCGCGAUGGCGGCCGAGGAGGCCGUCGUCGCAGGGAUGACAGCCGAGACGGACGGCGCCGUCGCCGGGAUGAGGGCCGCGGGCGUCGACGAC